GAACCUGUGGAGUACAUGAACUCAUCUGUAUUAGAAAAGUCUCUCCAGAGGCAGUUGGAUUUUUGUCAGCGAUUGGGGUGUUUAUUGUCUUGAUGCUGCUCCUUUUUCUCUAUAUUAAUAAGAAGUUCUGUUUUGAAAAUGUUGGAGGUUUUCCAGACCUUGAUCCAGGAUACAGCACACAGAAGAACUCACAAGAUAAAAUGUAUAAUUCCUACAUGGACAGAGAUGAGCCUGGUUCAUCCUCUGAAAGUGAAGAUGAAGCAUUGGGUAAAUAUCACGAGGCCUUGUCCAGAGCACACACCUCCAGGUGGCCGUUGGUGGAGUCUAGACAGCAGAGCUACGCCUGGGAGACGAGGCAGAAGUACAGCCCGCUGUCUGCGGAGCACGACGGGUACAGCAGCGACGCGUCCACGGAGGACGGAAACUGCAUUCAGAGAAUGAGAAGGACACCUCCAUUGGAUGAGCUGCAGCCACCACCUUACCAAGACGACAGCGGUUCGCCUCACCUCUCAUGCACACCCUCUGAGAUCGGGGAUGGCAAGUGUGAGAUUUCCCGCUGCAGCAACAGCCCACGCUGCUCUUUCAACAAGUGCCCUAGCGAAGGAAGCACAGGGCACGAGGCAGAGAGCUUUCACAAUAAAGGCUAUGAAGAUGAUGUCCCUAGCGACAGCACCGCAGUCCUCAGCCCCGAAGAAAUGUCAGCCCAAGGAUCCUCCUCACAGCUUCCUAAACCUUUUGAUCCAGAACCAGAAGCUAAAUAUGGCACACUGGAUGUGACUUUUGACUAUGAUUCACAAAGACAGAAGCUUCUGGUGACGGUGACAGCUGUCACAGACAUUCCAACGUAUAACAGGACAGGUGGCAACUCGUGGCAGGUGCAUCUUGUUCUUCUACCUAUAAAGAAACAGAGAGCCAAAACCAGCAUCCAGAGAGGACCAUGCCCUGUCUUCACAGAAACAUUCAAAUUUAACCACGUUGAAUCAGAGAUGAUUGGAAACUAUGCAGUUAGGUUUAGACUGUAUGGUGUCCAUCGUAUGAAGAAAGAAAAGAUUGUGGGGGAAAAGAUUUUUUAUUUAACAAAGUUGAAUCUUCAAGGGAAAAUGUCGUUACCCGUGAUACUGGAGCCUUCCUACAACCCUUCUGGCUGUGACUCCCAGGUGAGCUUGUCAGAAGUGUCCUGUGGUGAAAGCACAUCCUCCUGUCAGUCCCUUGAACACGGCUCCGUUCCAGAGAUCCUCAUUGGGCUCCUUUACAAUGCCACCACUGGACGACUAUCAGCAGAAGUGAUCAAAGGCAGCCACUUCAAAAACCUGGCAGCAAACAGACCACCCAAUGGACUGUUCUGUUGUCUAAAACACUUGAUAGGUGGACAGGUUUAUAUAAUCCGAGAUACAUAUGUUAAAUUAACACUGCUGAAUUCAAUGGGCCAAGAGAUGUCCAAGUGCAAGACAUCCACCCGCAGAGGGCAGCCAAACCCGGUGUACAAGGAAACUUUUGUUUUUCAAGUGGCCUUGUUUCAACUUUCUGAUGUGACUCUGAUACUGUCUGUGUAUAACAAGCGCAGCAUGAAAAGAAAGGAGAUGAUAGGCUGGAUUUCCUUAGGUCUGAACAGCUCUGGGGAGGAGGAGCUUAGACACUGGACUGCAAUGAAGGAGUCCAAGGGACAGCAAGUGUGCAGGUGGCACGCCCUGCUGGAGUCCUGA